AGGGUCAUAUUCGAAAGUCUUUCUGACUGGAGGGUCUUCGAUGGAGGACGUUUAGCCCAGUGUUAUGUGAGAGGCUCUGGUUUGCCGGCUGUGUUGCAGUUUUUCCUGCACAUUUAUUUGUGGGAUGUCAAAAUGUCGUCAGGAGUCCAGCCAUGUUUUCAGCUGUUGAGGAUUGGAUUGUCUGACACAAACAAUAGUAACGCUCAUGGAAACGAGUCCUCAGACUCCGUCCGUGACCUGUACACUUUCCGACCCGCACUGGCCCAGUGUGUGUUCCGUUUGGGACGGGCCCCAGAACUGUGUGACGUCACUCUGGAGUCCACGAUCGUGUCCCGUAUCCAUGCAGAGCUCCAUGUGGAAAGAGAAACUGAUGCCUCUGGAGAAGAAAGCUGGAAAGUUCAAGUGAAGGACCGCAGCAGCUAUGGCACAUGGGUAAAUGAGAUGCGCCUCCAACAAGGAGUCUUAAAGGAAAUCUUUGAUGGCGACACACUCACCAUUGGUGGCCAAUCAGGACGGGCUAGUCCAGAAUUCUACUUCCUCUUCCAGAAAGUACGGGUUCAUCCGCUGGACUUUGACGCCAUCACUGUGCCCAAAGUGGGUUCCUUCUCAUCGGACAUAAAGAACCGGAUCAGAACGUGCUCGGACCGUAAACCAGACCCCGGCGUGGACAUUUCUAAGCUAUCCAUCAACAGAGCCACAGUCAUCCUCAACUCCAUCGGCAGCCUGAGCAAGAUGAACGGCAGUUGCUGGACCUUUAAAAAGAGCGAGAAAACGAGCACCUUAAAUACGCCGGUGUUCAGCGCUUUGGCCCCACCCACCACUCCGCCUCCUUUCCAGGCCGCUGGCGAGAUUUCGUCCAAGUCUGUCCCGCCGUCCUCAAAGAGUCGACGCAAGUCUGCCCACACGGUUCUGCUGGAGGACAGUUCGGACGAUCCCGCGAACCGCAGAGACCUGGAGGACGGACGCAGGGGACAAGCCAAGAAAAGACGCCGGCUUUACAAAUCAGAGUCAGAGGUGUUACAGCCCCCUCUACCCAAACUGGAGCAGAACUUUCGGUCACAGUAUGAUGUGAGCAAACCCUCCGGCGGCAGCAUUUUCAGUGUGCCACCAAACAGGCAGUUCAAUCAUAUUGUGAACAUAUCGAGUCACACCAGAGGCAACGGCAUCAGUUUGACUCCCCUCCGCCAGCAGAAGCCCUGCUUGUCUGGACCUGGAAGGAGGCCGAGGGCAAACAGCUCUCCGAUAUACACGACCCUCGGGAUGGGAAGUGAGAAUUACAAACUGACCUCCCCGUCAACGAGGAUGCCCAAGACCGAGAAAGCGAGGGGCGUGAUUUCUCGCUUUCAGGCCUCAACUGGGCGUCGACGUGGAAGGCCUAGAAAACACCCGCUGCCACAGCCUUCCCUGCCGUCUCCUUCUUCAUCAUCUUCCUCUAGCUCCACCUCUUCCUCUUCAUCAUCAUCCUCUGAAGAAGAAGACGAUGAAGAGAUGGCUGUGGCUCAGGGCGUUGAAUCCUGUGCAGCGGCUCACUGUCGUCUCCCGCAGCAGGACACCGUGCAGUGGAUCCAGUGUGACGACUGCGACGCCUGGUAUCACCUCGACUGCUUACCGCACAACCACAACCGAGACUCGCUGCUGUUCGACCCUAAUGCAGACUUCCACUGCGGCUGCCACCGCGCCAGAAACCGCUGAGUCCAGCAAUCAAUCAGGACCGGCUUGGCUUCCUCUCUUGUUUAAGGUUCUUUAAUAAACCAAAUGCUCUCAAACAUUGUUGUUAUUACAAUUAAAUUCACGGGACUGGCAGACCUGUAGCUUCUUGGCAUUCACCGUGCAAAUCUCUGCGAUGAUGGCGAGUUCAUGUUUUCUGCUGUGGUGCUAAUUGCUCUGAAUGGUGAUUUAAACUGAUUUGGAUGAAAUGAGGGUGUUGGAUUUGCACAGCAGCUUCAAGAGCAUCCAAACACGCUGCAUCCCAUUACAACUCAACACUCGAUGCUUUCUAUCAGUUUAUGAUAUAUGUAUUUAAUAUACGCAAGAAUGAAAUCUUCAAAAAAUUCAAAAUCAAAAAUAAGUAUAAAUAUGUUUUGAAUGGGAGUUUAUAUUUUUAGAAGGAUGGAUGAAUUGAGUCAUUGGAUUCAAAUAUUGAGGAGGAUUUCGCUAAGCUUUGUUUACUACAUACUGGUUGUUAAACAUGCUUUAUCAACAUAUUAGCUGGUAUAUAAUAUGUUAUCAUUAAAUACUGUAUGAGAUGUUUCAAAUGGGCAAUGAGGAUAUAUGAUGUGCUUUCUUAUUCAAGGGUUUCAUAAGCAUUACUUUUUUUGUAAUUUCAGAACAUUUAAUAACAGCUAAACCUAAAAUCACCUCUGAAGCUUUGAUUGAUGCAGAAGUGAAGUGCAAACAUUUCUGUGGUCAUUUUUAAAGGAAUAGUUCACCCAAAAAUGAAGAUUUGCUGAAAAUGUACG